AUGCUUAAAUCAAUCAGUGCUUUCAAUAACAAAGUGUUUUCCACAAUAGAAGGCGAUCAGCAACAAAAUGUUGUCGACAACAGUCAGACCGAUGAUAAAAUCGUUGCCGAUGCGAACGAAACACCAGCAGCGGAUAUUGCGCAAAACACUACCGCUUCGACGAAAGUCACGAAACGAACUAAACGAAAAACUCAAACAGCUCGAAAUGUUGAUGAUGACGACACAGUCAGCGUCAAUAAUCUAGAGCAUAAAGCUAUUGCUAGCGAGGGCGAUGCGUGCUUAGAGAAACAGAAACAUAAUCGUAAUAAGAAACAAAUAAAUGAUGACGCUAAGUCACAUUUACGUAACGUAUCCAAACAGAUGGAUUGCUCAGCACCCACCCUCGACGAGACGAAGGAAGCGAUACUUACUUCACGCACUUCGUUAUCCAAGAAAUCCUCCUGCUAUAUAAAUCCACCGGAUACAUCAUUAAGUGUUGACGUGCACAAAAGACGUUACCAUAAUUCUCAGCAGAUCGUCGAAACAGUUAAGUCCGCAUCAAAGCUUGCAAAUCGAAAUUCAUCAUUGGCGUUACAAAAGUCAAAAAGUUCAAUGGCGAAAGAAUUAAAAGAUGAUAAAUUAAAGUCAAAAACGCGUUUGAAAAAGAAACGCAAAGCUUUCCAAAUACCUCCGCCGCCUGUAGCCUCACCGAAUUUGACAACCGAAUCAAAUGAUAGUAAACGUAAUCCCUUACCUGAAAUCGUACUAUCUAAUGAAGAAGUCGCUCUCAGCGACACUCCGUUAAUUCCCUUAAGCGAUAACGGCAUACAAACCAUGAUGGAGAAAAUUCUAAAUAAACAGAAAGCCGAUAAUAACUGUAACAGUGGAGAGACGAAAACUAAAGAAAUUACUCCCAUUAAGAAUUAUGGGAACGAAGAAAGUGCCGAUGGAGAGCAAAAUAUUGUACGAACAAUGUCGGGAAGUUGUUAUCUUGAAUUAUAUCAUAACGAUAUAGAGCUUCGCACACAGAAUUCUCCUUAUCGUACUUCGGAGAGUUCAUUUGUGAGUGCUUCAUCCAUUAAAGCUAAGUCAUCUCAUGAGGGUAUGCCUAAAAUAAAACCCAUACCGCCACCUAAACCGAAGAAAAGCACGGAAUCUUUUUCCAGCCAAUCGAUAACAAGUGAAAAUUUGAAAAUCGAAAACUUCUUGAAGGACACAGAGAGAAGUAGUAACCCAGAAAUAGCGACACUACCCACAUCGGCAGAGCAUCGAGAAAGAGCAGAGAUAGAAUCGGCGCAAUCAUCAGCAAAUAUAAAUCAAGAAGGAAUGGCAGAAUCGGCAGCACAUACAGAAACGGUAGCAUAUUCACCACCGGCAGCGAUUGUGGUAUCGCUAACACCGCUCACAUCAGCAAUAUCGGUAACAUCUGCAAGUUUGAUGCCAUCUUCAACGCCGACAGGAUCUGCUACAUCGGUAACAUCCGUCACAAUUACAACAUCGGCAACGUCGGCAACAUCGGCGGCAUCACCAACACCAGUAAUACUUACAGCACCGGCAAUAUCAACAAUUCCGGCCAUACUUACGGCGCCGGCCAUACUUACGGCACCGGCUAUACCAAUAAAACCGACAAAACCACCAGCACCAACUGCAUUGGCAAAACCAGCAACACCGAGAACGCCACCAUCGACGUCACCGCGAGCACCAAUAACAGCCGUCGCAUCACCAGUCACAUCCCCCAAAUCGAUACCGUCCGCAACGUCAGUAACAUCUGCCACUGAACCUGUGGAAGAUUUGCGUAUCGACGAUUUAAUCAAAGAGAGAGACAUGUAUUUGGAGUUAUGUGUUGGAAAUCCCUUUUAUAAUAAUCCCAAUUAUAGCGAACCCUGGAAAAUAUUUUCCAAAAUAUCCGAGAAACUGGUGAACGAUGUACUGGGCUCUGUAGAAAGCGAUUUCUCCUUAGGCGUUUCAAAAUUCGUCGAAGAUUUUCUAGAAAUAGAAACCAAGUCAUGAAAAAAUGGCCAUCUCACGAUAAACUUUGCCUAUUUGCGUGCGCUUUAUGUGAUUCAAAUUGUUUUUCCAUUGCUUAUAUAGUUAAGUUAGUUUUAGAGCAUUGUUUUUUUUUUUUUU